AAGGCGGCAAUGAUGGUGGAUGAGACUUAGGGAGGUGGGUGUUUUGGCAACGGUGUGGAUGGUGGUGGUGCCAUCGAUGAUGAGUAGGUGGAGAUAAACCACAUUUAUGGGUGGUGCCAACCCAUUUGGACCCGUUUUAAGGUUUGUAAAACUAACCCGUCUUGACUCGUCUGGUUUUAGGAGGCCCAAUUGACCCGGUUCUUGUUGGAAGACUGUACACGACCCGACUCCCGGGUAUGGAUGCUGGUACAAUCCGAAAAGUUGAAUUGAAAGAUGAUUUGGGCAUUUCUAGCUGGAACGAGUGCUACAAAGAGAUUAAGUUCUUGGAGUCCGAAAGAUCCGGUAACAAGAAAUCGGAUGUUGGUAUCCUUUGUAGUUUGAUGGGGGUGAUGAUUUACAGCCGGUGUACAGUUUUUACCGUUGUUGACUGUGACAAAACACCCAUUUCUGGUGAUGGUUACAGUUGCAAUCACAAUCAUUUUGUUAAGUCACUUAAUGUUGAUGAUUUUAGAUGUCCCAUUUCUUUGGAGAUCAUGUCGGAUCCGGUGACUCUAACAACUGGACACACGUAUGAUCGACUCUAACGUGUCCGAAAACAGGUGAGAAGGUGAGCAGUAGUCAUUUAGUUUCAAACUUGUGUAUAAGAAGCAUUAUUAAGCAAUAUUGUCUCGAGAAGGAGAUUUCAAUGGCGGGACCGGCUGGUGGCUGCCGUAAUCGGGAGGUUACUCGAGCAACCACCGGCGGCAGUGUGGCUGCGGAGGCUGGGAUAAAGAUGGCGGUCGAUUUUCUAGUGUUUGGCACAAAAGAAGCCAAAUACAAAGCUUGUUAUGAGGUUCGAUUGCUUAGCAAAUCGAGCACUUUUAAUCAGGCUUGUUUGGUUGAGGCGGGUGUGGUCUCGAGUUUAUUAGACCUGAUCUGCUUUAGGAAUCCGAAGAACCAAGAAAACGCGACGGCGUCUCUGUUGAAUCUAGCGAAGUACUCGAAGACGAAAAAGGUACUUGUGGAAAACCGAGGGUUGGAACUAAUUCUUGAAGUGGCACAAAAUGGGUUUAAAAUGGAGGCCCGCCAACACGCGGAGGGGACUUUGUUUUAUCUCGCUUCGGUGGAUGAGUAUCGGGACAUCAUAGGGAAAAUCCCUAGAUCGAUUCCCGUUCUAAUGGAGUUGGUACUAGAUGGUACCGAUCGAUGCAAGAAGAAUGCGUUGGUGGCGAUUUUGGGGUUGCUUGUGUACCCUGAAAACCACUGGAAAGCGAUUGCAGCCAGGAUUGUCCCGUUGCUAAUUGAUUUGUUGAGAUCUUCGCAUCAAUGCGAAGAUCUUGUUACGGGUUCUUUAGCGAUUUUAGCCACUUUGGCUAACAAUCCCGACGGAACAAUGGGGAUUUUAAGUUGUGGAGCUCUUCACGUCAUCCUUGAUGUCGUUGGUUCAACGACGACAUCAAAGGAGUCGAGAGAAUAUUGUGUGGCAUUGCUGCUUGCAAUGUGCACAAAUGGUGGGGCCGACGUGGUUCGCGUUUUAGUAUCGAACUCGUCUCUAAUGGGUCCUUUAUACCAACAUUUACGUUGUUUCAUCUUCAUUAACCUUUUCUGUCAUGAUCAUGUUCUUAGUUAAUCGUAAUCAGUAGACCAAUACAUACAUGACACCGGUGAAAGAAAAUUUAUUUGUAAUAUUUAUAUCAGACCGUUAAUUUCAAACCAUGACUGCAUGAUUUAUAUAACUUUUUGGAGAACUUAAACCCAAAAACCAAAGUUUUGUUUAAAAAUAAGCCCAAAAUUUGAGAAGGAUCAGACAGUAUGGGGGCACAAAGAAGGGAGAGCAAGCCCCUUCACUUAGGGUGUACGGGGUGUAAGCGGUGGGUCGUUUCGGUGAUGGGUUUCCCCGAUCGGGAACACCGCCGCCAUCAAUGCGGGGUCCCGAUUCGGGGUGUGUUUUGGGUGUGGAGUUACCGCGUGAAGAUGGCACAUUGUUCGAGAUUAGACCGUUGAAAAACGGUCAUUUUGAUUAAAAAAAAAUCAAUUUUUUUUAAAAAACAUAUAUUUAAACAACCUAAAUCAAUUUUUUUACCACACUCACCACUCUCAAACUCACACCAAAACUCUCAAACUCCAAUCUUUCAAAUACAAAAUGGAUUCCAAGCUUCCGUUUCUUUCUACCCUACCCGACUUUCCCGACGAUGGAG